GAUGUAAUCUAGGUUACAAGAAAUAAGAUGUAACCUAGGUUAUAAGAAGUAAAAUAUAACCUAGGUUAUAAGAAGUAAGAUGUAAUCUAGGUUAUAACAAAUAAGAUGUAAUCUAGGUUAUAACAAAUAAGAUGUAACCUAGGUUAUAAGAAGUAAAAUAUAACCUAAUUCAUAAGAAGUAAGAUAUAACCUAGUAUAUAAGAAGUAAGAUAUAACCUAGUAUAUAAGAAGUAAGAUGUAACUAGGUAACUAAGGUUAGGGUGGGUCUAGCCGCUCCUAGAAUAUGCAUUGAAUGGAACCUACAACAUGUAGCAAUCCAAGGCUAGUUCCUCACAAUCCUAGAUACAAUGGGUACAUCUUAUACUAAAAAGUACAGUGUAUCAAAGAGGUAUUAGCAUACUGUCCUUGCAGUCAAUAUGCUUAAAAAGACAUUCCAUAUUUGUUAUGUUUAUUUAUCUUCCAAGGUAUACAUUAUUUAUAUUUAUAAUCUAUAUUAUACAGUAUAGUCUUACAAUUCUACAGUAUAUAAUGUGCACAAUGUUUCAAGCUUUAGUUACAAUCGUUAAGUAUGUUUAAUACCUCUUUAUCCUCUAUUAUAUGAAACGUAAAAGCUUACAAGUAGAAAAUAAGUCUAAAAUGUGUUCAAUUUAGCUUCAAGUACCUGUAAUGAGUAACCGUAAAAGUGCAGUAUUUAAAACUACGCCUAAAUUAUAUAUAUUUUUUAUACCAAGUAAAUAAUGUAACUUAUCAUGUACAAACCAUAGACGUGUAUCUAUGUCUAUAGUAAAUACGUCAUAAAUAUAUGUCUAUGGUAAAUACGAUUAUUUCUGUACCUAUGUUCGUUUUAAUAAAUUAAUUGACUGAACGAUGACACUGAUUUAAAACUGAAGUUAGUUUUAGAACAAAGACAAUGUCCCAUCGAUGGUGCAUUCUCUGUAAUUUUAACGAAGAUCCGUAAAAGUGAAACAUUUUAAGGAUGUUGUCUUUUCUGACACACAAUGGCGUCUGAGGUUUUCAGAUAAAUCAAGAAGGAUCCAGUGAUCGGAGGGACUCCCAUCAAAUUGAAUGUCGAGCAACGAGAGCUGCCAAAGGAGUAACGUGGUAUAUCGAAAAAAGACAAGAGUCCCCUGUAAUUGCGGAUGGGAAGUCAGAUUCGGUUAUGGUGUAGCAGUCACUUUGGCCAUCUUCGAAGCGAAACGCUUUUUUAUGCUGAUUCUAGAAAUAUUCGCCGAAUGGCAAAUUAUUCGAUUCGCGGGUGGUUUACGACCCGUCAUAUUUACACUGAUAAACGUCAGCUUAGGCUUGCCGACUGCGUUGAUAACUGUUCGUAGCAUACGCGCACGAAAAGUGCCACGUUGCUGUGCGGAAACGAAACGAACUCUGAAAUGCCUGCUGAUAGCGAUCACAGUCUGCGCCAUAAUGAACGCAACCACUUUGGUGUCGAUAGGAUAUCACAUGAACGUUCGUCAAGAGGCGUUGAUCGACAUUUUCAACAGCUCGAUGCGAUUGUACGCGAGGGCAGCGUCUUACAAGUACGCCAUCGACGAGGUACAAUUCAUCUUUCAAUGCUGCGGUCAUUCCUCCUACGCAGAUUGGUUCCUCUUUGACUGGCAGGGAGUCGAUUAUGCAUCCCGCGAAGAAAUGGCGGCGCAAAGCCCGAUAUCCGACGAGGAGUACAGGGAUCGGGGUGUGCCUUUCAGCUGCUGCAGUUUGAGAGCGAUGGCUCCUUGCGAACACAACGAUAUCGAUGGCGAUGUUAAAACCAUUAAUACCAACGGAUGCGCUGAAGUGGUCAGUCCUGUUUUGCUUAGGAUCGUCAUCGUGGCGUACGUCAUGACCAGCACCUUGGUGAUUAUACAGGUGUUCCUGGGAUUUCUGAUCACGAAGAUUAUACGAAAAUUACUAUGUGGAACAUGUCGCUUCUACCACUUCCCCAAAAUGUUUGCCAACGAAUCAUCCACCACGUCGUUGGACGAAACAAGUUCUGAAACGGAGAAACGUUCGAGCUCGUCUCCCUCGAACUGGGAGCCUGGGGAGAAGACAAAGAGACCCGAUAAACGUCGCAGGAAAAACAUGAAACGGUCGAUGAAAUACGUUCGAGCUAAAAAUAAAACCAGCACAAAGUACGAGUCCUAUUAUUCCUCGUCGCCGAUGGAGUCUUCACCUGUGCACGGGAACACGCGUCGCGAUGCAGCCAGGAUCAAACCGAGCAUCCACGAGGAGCACACGGUGUUCAAGAAACGUACGCUCGAUGGGACGCGUUGAAGGAACGAGUACAUAGAUUCACGAAUCGCUUUUGCUUCGUGGAAGCAACGAUUUAUCGACUCCUGAAAAAGGAGCGUUAGGACCAAAGAGGAUCGAAUGGAAUAAGAAAUUGUUUUUUUGGGGGAACAGCUGGCAGGCAGCGUGGAAGGAACCGUGUGAAAACAGGUGUAUACGGAGAAACAGUAUCGUGUGCGAUACUGUGAGGGAUGGUCAUAGUAGCUCCUGGAAAAUCGAUCAAGAGAUUAAAUUUGUGCUUGGACGUAUAAAUUGCGGUGAUAAAAUGACGCGAGGUGCAGGAAUAUGCAUUGGCGUAACUUGAUGAUCGAACGUUCUUGUGUUAGGGAUUUCUAAAUUUUACUUUCAAAUUUCUGUAUCUAAAUUUUUUCAUUUUUACAUUUGCAAGGUACACAAUUGGAAUUCUUGAAAGGUACAUAAUUGAAAAUCUUGAAAUUCUACAUCCCAAAAUGUCCCGGAUUCUUAAGAGUCACAAUUUCUAAACCCCAAAAUUUGCAGAUCCCCAAAUUCCUAAAUUCUAAAUUUUACAAUCUUCAAAUUUCCACAUCCCCAAAUCCCUAGAUCCACAUCUCUCUAGACGCAAAAGCCUCUAGAUCAAAAAAUCCUGAGAUUCAAGAAUCCCUAUAUCAAAAUUCCUCAUAGCUAAAAUUCCCCAGAUCCAAAAAUCCCUAGAUCAAAAUUUUCCAGAUUCCAAAAUUAACCGAAUCCAAAAA